GCAAACAUCCGGUUAUUCAGAAAAUGGAAAUAAGAUUGCAACAAUGUUUUGACACGCAGUUUUGAAGCACGGAUUCUUGCUUAACUAUGGAGGCAGGCAGCCUUGUCUCAUACCGAGAGGACAUUUCUACGCUGUUCCCCGAGCACACGCCGGGUGCGAAAUAUAAAGAUUUAAGCAGCCAGUUCCACACCGUCAGACAAGUGCGCGGAGAUGGAAACUGCUUCUACAGAGCCCUCUUCUUCUCAUACUUGGAGUCAGUCUUACACAAUCCCAGGGCUCUGCAGAGAUUUAGGGAGAAAAUCCUUCAAACGUGUGAAGACUUCUCUACUGCGGGAUUUGAUGAGAGUUCCUUCAAGCACCACCUGAAUACAGUUGUUACUGUUCUGGAGCAGUGUCAGGCUGAUGAGCAGGAAGACACGCUGCUCAGGCUCUUCAAUGAGCAGAGGACAUCUGACAGUGUGGUGCAAUAUCUCAGGCUGCUCACCUCAGCACACCUUCAAAACCAGGCAGAGUUCUUCUGCCACUUUGUGGAGGCGCCCAAUCUACUAGUCUACUGUCAUCAGGAAGUGGAGGCCAUGGCGAUGGAGUGCGAUCAUGUGGAUAUCUUAGCUCUGUCACAGGCUCUGGAUAUUUGCAUCCACAUCGUCUCCAUGGAAGGGGAUGAGCAGCAGCUGGCUCACCACGUCAUUCCAGAGGGUGCCGAACCCUCCCUGCACCUCCUCUACCAGACGUCACAUUAUAACAUUCUCUACCCGCGACUUCAACACUGACCAGAGAUCCACCAGGACUCAGCUUAACUCAGGAAUAUUGACUUUGGUUCAAUAAAAUCCCAACUGGGCUUAAGGACA